UGAGGAACUGAGUCGCUCCCCCUUUUUUCGGAAAAACAAAAAUCUGCCAAUCUCUCUCGAAAUGUUCCCGUGAAACAAAUUUAGCAAAAGCAAAGAUUUCUAGGUUUCUAGGUUUGAUCAAACAAAGAUUCAAGGCAAACCUACGAGAGAAGGGCAAGAGGGAGAGAGUAACAGUUCAUAACCCUACUGUGUUCUUUCCGAUCUCUAUAUUAUCAAACCCCAACAUCACCAAUUCACCAUCAUGAAAAACCGAGCUCAAAUUUAGAUAGAUCCGAUGCAACUCAUCGAUCUUGAUGUCCUACUUCUACGUUCUUCAGCUGCUCUCUCUUCUUGAUUUUGAGCUUUUGAGUGCUGGAAUCCAUGGAUUCACUUCAAGGAUUUGGUAGCCCUUCAGACACAAACAGUUCCUCAAGCAAUAUCAACCUCAACUCUUCUUCUUCAUCCUCAAACCCAAGCUCUCCUACAGCCACUCUCAGCCGCUAUGAAAACCAAAAGCGGAGAGACUGGAACACCUUCGGUCAGUACCUCAGAAACCACCGACCGCCACUCUCCCUGUCCCUGUGCAGCGGGGCCCACGUUCUGGAGUUCCUGAGGUACCUUGACCAGUUCGGGAAGACCAAAAUCCACACGCAAAUGUGUCCCUUCUUCGGACACCCAAACCCUCCUGCGCCCUGCCCCUGCCCUUUGCGCCAAGCCUGGGGCAGCCUUGACUCCCUCAUCGGCCGCCUCCGUGCCGCCUUUGAGGAGCACGGUGGGAAGCCAGAGGCAAACCCUUUCGGGGCUAGAGCAGUGAGGCUCUAUCUCCGUGAGGUUCGUGAUUCUCAGGCCAAAGCUAGAGGAGUCAGCUAUGACAAGAAGAAGCGUAAGAGACCACCACAGUCGGCUAGCACUAGUUCUCCUCAAGCAUUAAUGCCAACAACUCCUCCUCCAGCUCCUCCUCCUCCUAGUAGUGCAAGUUAGUAAGAAAUUAAUAAGAAGUUUGGUCAAUGGGAUCAACCUAAAUCCUCGU